AGGAUCAGAAUUUUUUGUCAGUAUUUUCGAAAGGAAACCCACCUGUGCUAAAUACAUUGCACACAAAUACUCUAGUUACCUUGCAGAAUUUGGAAAAUGCUGUAUAUUUUGUAAUAAGCAGAGGAAUUUUGAACAUUAAGGUUUGUUUUUAAUUUAGUCCUGCUUUGAAAUGUUUACAGAGCGGUAUAACAGAAUUUCUUAAAAUAAAUAACCUAGUUUAAAAGUUUCCAUACACCUGAUUCUAAUACUACACGAAGCUACCUGGAAAAUCAAUGACAGUUUCUUUGUUUUGUGAUCAGUUUCUUGUUUGUCUUGAGCCAUUAAACUGUUGCUUAGCAUCUUCUGCAUAUUUGUUUGACUGUAUGAUGUUGAGAUUCAUCUUUUCACAUUAAGGACUUUUUUAAGAGACUCAUACACAACUAUUACAAUCAGGUGCACAAUCGAGCAUAUCCAUAUCUGCAAAGUCAGUACUAACCAAAUCUCCUAACAAAUGAUGGGACACUGAUUUGAUUAAGAAAUAAGAUUGCCUUCAUAUUUAAAUGUGCUCUUUUGUGCACCUGACGUUUUCCUGGGUAACUGAUACCAUUACAAACAGCACUUGGGUUGAGAGGCAUGCAGCCAUGUGUUGGUGCAUUUCAGUGUUUUUUUAACCCCUAUGCUCUCCGGUUACCUGCAUGAACCGAGUUGCCUGGGCGGGUCUUUGUGGCUAGAGAAGGUAAAACCUGCUAAAACAAAAAAGGUGAUACACUCAUCUGCUACCCUUAUUGGUUAACACAUCCCAAAGAACAAUAGGGACCAUUGUGGAUCUCCAUCACAUGAACGGUUCUUAUCAGAAGGUACUUUGUAAUCGUCAAAGAAAGUGCUUGGAGAUACUUAAGCUUGCUGUCAUUUGCAAUUGAUUUAAAACUGCUACCACCUGGAUUCCUUCACAAGACGUUAGGACUUUCCAGCUCGUAUUCCAGGCCGUUCCACCAUUCUUGGUCUGAUCAUGGCGAUGGGCUUUUCUCCAGAGCAGGUGGCGUGUGUAUGUGAGGUUCUGCUCCAGAGUGGCAGCAUGGAUCGCUUGACCUCAUUUUUGUGCUCUUUGCCUCCCACAUCCUCCACCAUCUAUCUGGGGACGGCGCAGAGCCAGGAGAGCGUGCUGAAGGCGCGGGCCGCCGUCGCAUUCCACCACUGCCGUUUUGCAGAGCUUUAUGCCUUGUUGGAGGGGAACAUGUUCACUCCUCGCAGUCACCCUCUCCUACAGCAACUCUGGCUCCGGGCGCACUACAUGGAGGCUGAACUGCAAAGGGGCCGUCCUCUGGGGGCUGUAGGGAAAUAUCGGAUCCGUCGCAAAUUCCCACUGCCUCGUACUAUCUGGGAUGGAGAAGAGACCAGCUACUGCUUCAAGGAAAAGUCUCGCAGUGUGUUGAGAGAUUGGUACUGCAGAAAGCCAUACCCUUCACCACGAGAGAAACGAGAUUUAGCUGCAGCCACUGGUCUCACUGCUACACAAGUCAGCAACUGGUUUAAGAACCGCCGUCAGAGGGACAGAGCUGCAACUAGCCGUCAAGGGUCAUUCCUGUCUUCCAACAGAACAACAUCAGCAGGAGUGUUCUUGAGCUCUGAUGAGGAACUUUCUCCACCAGGCAGCCCCAGCACGCUGUAUUCCUGCUCCCUGUCUGCCCACCCGCCCCCUCUACGUCACCUGGGAACAGCACAAUACUAGGAUACAUUUAAUGCAUUGCAGGUUAAACUAUCAGCUGUGUUAAAAGCAUCGGUUCAAUUUUCAAUCUUAAAAGAUAUUAAUACUAUUUAUACCACGGGUCUGUUGAAUGCUUUGUUCUGAUUGGUUGAGAAAUGUUCUAUGUGUGUUGAUUAUUUUUCUGUAAACCGCAAACCUAACCUUUUAAAUGUUUUAAAUAUAGGCACCAGAGCAGUUUUUGUGAUAACCGUGGUAUAAGAGGAAAAAUUUACUUCGGUCCUUUGAAUUAUUUGAAAAUAAUGCACACCCAUGGGUGCGACGUGCCACAUUACCAACUUGGGUGUGCAUUAUUUUCCAAAUAAUUAAACGGCCCGUUGUCAAUUAUUCCUUACUUAAAGUAAUAAAGCCUUAUAUUACUUAACUAGUGCUGAUGAUAAACCAUAAACCAGGUUUUUACAUGCGAGUAUAGUAAGUUGAGCUUAUUUUAACAGCCUGGUGUGAAACGAGAAAUGUUUGAAUCCAGCUCCAGCCAUCUUAAUCCCACCUUAACCCCUUUCUGUAACUAUUUUUCCUGUCUGCUCAUAUCUGUACAAAAUAAAUGUUAUUUUUCAUAAUUGUUUCAAAGAAGUGCAUUCAUUUUGCAUAUUUUCUCCUUUUGACAUUUGUGAGCCUAUCUGUGAAAUCUAAUGAAGUCUCCUAAUCUAAUGAUGAAAUUAGGAGCAUUAAAGAUGGAUUUUACACUGAUUUCAAUCUUUGACAUGACCUUAUUCAGUCAAUAUAAAAAAUAAUGUUAUUUUUCACAGAAUGUUCUUUACGUUAUGUAGGAUAAUUCUUAUGUAGAAAAAGGUAAAUCACAAAAAAAUGACUUUAGCAGGGGUUUCACAGCACUUUUAUCCGAAGUUUUCGAUCAAAAGCUUUAAAAGCCCUUAUUUCACACAAUAUAUUUUUGUGUUGAGUUACCAUACUGUAGAUCAGGGGUUUUCAAGGGGUUGGGACCAGUGAUAUAAGGUGGGUCGGGCAAAGUCACCUUGCUUUUGUGGUGAAUGACACAAAAAAAACAGUUCAAUCCGAUUAAGGAGUAGCAAUGAGAAUGAUUUUGAUGUAAUAUACUAUAAAUUAUUUUGUUAUUUCUAUUAAACUUACAUUUAAUUAAUACAACGACAAGGAAAAU